AUGCUGUCGGUGCCGGUGGCGGUGCCGGUGGCGGGGGCGGCGCGGGGCGCGGGCUCCCUGCCCCGCCGGCGCACCAUGUGCAGCGGCGUCGGCUGCUUCUGGGCGCUGCUCUCCGCCGGCCUCUUGGCCGCCUGCGCCUCCGCCUUCCUCUCCCCGGCCUGGCUGCUGCCGCCCGGCCGAGCCGCCGCCGGCUUCGGCUUGCUGUGGCGCUGCGCCGGGCCGCCCCGCGGCUGCCACGGCUCCGCCGGUCCCGGCGGCUUCGGAGACAUCCCCUCCGGCUCCUGGCAGACAAGCGCCGUGCUGUGCGCGGGUGGCUGUGUCCUGCUGGCCCUCAGCUCGCUGCUGGCCAUCGUCGCCGUCCUGCUGCCCAGCGGAGCCUGCGAGAGGCGAGUGUGCACCCUGGCUGGCUACAUGCAGACAGCAGCAGUGUUCAUAAUGGCUUCUGGGCUUUUGGUUUACCCUUUUGGUUUCAACUCUGCAACUGUGAAGAGAUUCUGUGAGAAUUCAGACAUCUACUAUGCAGGAGACUGCCAGAUUGGAUGGGGGUAUAUGCUGGCAAUUGUUGGGGUCAUGCUGUCUGUCUUUUUACCAUUCUUUGCAAAAUAUGCACCAAAAGAGCACAUAUCUCCAACUCCAAUACCUACUAUUUUAUAGUAUUUUAUUACUGUAUAAGAACAGAACAUUCCUGUCUACAGGCAAUGGGCAGAAAUUAUUAUAGCACUUCCAUUUAGCUGUAUUGCUAAAAAGAAGGGGAAAAAAAAAAGGAGAUGGGAGAGAAGGUCAGAUUCACAAAGACCAAAAGUGCAUUGAUAGUCUUCCGUAUGUAUAAGUAGCGAACACUCUGGAAUUGAACUAAGAUUAAUCAGCAGCCUUUUUACUGCUCUAAACAUACAGUGGCAUAAUGCCUUAGACAAAAAAAAAAAUCUGUUUAUCCUCAAAACAUCUGUCUACCUCCCAAACAGUUUCAUUUGUGUCUCAAAUGCGUAAGUCUUUUAAAAGCUUCAAUUCACUUUUUAUAUAUUAUUAAAUGUCAAAACUUUUAUGAACCCAAUAGUUUUAAAACCGAUAAUGAUAUUUUGUUAUAAUUAUUUUGAUUAGUGAAAAAAGACUACUAGUAGCCAUGGCCUAAAAUUAAGCUUGAUAACUAAAAAGAAUUGUAUACAAGAAAAAGUUUCUUUUUAGUCUAUAUGUAUUAGUAACACUUCCAUAUUGUAAAUUGUCAGCACACUUUUUAAUACCAAUCUAAUCUUCAAGAUUUACAGUCAUCUUUAUGAAGAUAAAUUUUAGAUGACUUUUUUCAGAGAGACAGAGAGAGAAAGUGAUCUAACUACUUCUAAGGGCUCCAUGAUGAUAUAACAGGUUACCAACAGAAAAAAGAGAAAAAAACCAUAUUUCUUAGGAUUGUAACUUUAUGUGGAAUUUUACAAAAUGACUUGAACUAUGACAACAGUAAGUUUUUUGUUGUUGUUUGUUUUUAAGGCUGUAAAGAAAAAUCUGUGUUUACAAGAUGUACGUGCCCUAUGGCCCUUGUAUGUAGUGACAAUAUAAGCCAGAAUUAACUAGAUUCUAAUAUUUCCAUUCAUAUUAAGAUCCCACUAUUGUAAAAAAAACAAAAAAAUGCUACCGAACACAACAAACGAGAAGAAUCUAAUUCUGUGUCAGAACUAGCACAUGGACAUUUCAUGGACUUAUAUGUGAAAUCUGUUUAGUUUCCUCGGUAGCAUCGGAUUCAUUACUGUCAAGGACUGAAAUAAGUGCACUUGAUUGUCUUAAGCAAAACAUUGGGUUCUAAUCUCACCCCACUGUUAUGUUUUUCAUUUAAAAUAAAAUUUGAAUUUUAAUUCUAUUCUCAUAUUUUAUUUUUUAUUAUUUAUUAACAAAAAGAUAGAUUAUAUUUAAUUCAGAGCUGUACUUCUCAGUUUUGUAUUUUGGCAAAAAACAAGUGAUCAAAUUUAUUAUUUUUCACUUAAGUGAGCCCAACUAAUUCCUGAAUUUAGUUUGCUUGUGGUUUUUUUGUGUUUUUUUUUUUUUUUUAAUGGAAAGUGUACAUGAAGGGACAGACAGAGAGACAUGUUGAGGAUGUACAAGAAAAUGCAAACAGAUAGAACAAUCACUGUGUUAUUUUAAUACGUCAAAGACUUCUAUAGUCUAGUUUACAUUCCUCACGCUUAUAAACUUCAAUGGAACAUUGAGUUAUUUUUCAAGAUAAUGGUCCGUUGUCACGCACUCUAAAGGCAAAUUCUGCACAUAAACUUAGUAAGUUCCAUUACUAAUCUUUGAAUACAGAUUUCAAAGUAGAAUUAAGUACAUUGAAAACGAGAGAGAAUGAGAGCACUAUGUGGUUUUGCUCUCACUAAGGAAUUGUAUCUUCCAAAUAUUUAAUAAAGUAGGUUGAAGGAAUGUCUCUAAAAUAAGCAGAAGAGAUUUCCAUCAUUUCUGUAUAGUAAUGUGCUUUUCAGUAAUGUCUUAAACUUUUGUUUUAAAAGAAUAGCUGAAAUUGAUAAUUUUCAUAUAAAAGUCAGAAAAGUGAGGAAUAACAAACGACAGGUAAGAAGAUCAUCACCACAAAGUAGAGAGAGACAGAGAGGCAGGCUUUUCUUUCCUAACCAACCUGUGCCUUUACACUAGUACCAUUAUACAAGACAGGAUCAAUAUGGAUAAAAAAAAUCAACAACUGAAAAAUGUUGAGUAAUGUGUAUAAACUGUAUUACGUAUGGUUUUUUCUGUUUUGUGUAAUGUUUACGACUGUCACUUAAUGUUUCACUAGAAAAGUGAUUUGUUAGUGUAAAAUAGAAAUAUUUUUUUCUUGCAAAGAUCUAAAUACUGGAAGUAAAAUUAAUUUAGAUUUUUAUUAACAUCCAUAACAUACUUAGUAGACACAAAUGAUCUACUCCUGUCAUUGCUUAUUAACAUAAGUUUUACAUAUGCAGAACUGGAACUAUCAAUCAAUCAACUGAAAUCAUUAGGACUACAUUUGUGUGAUGUUGAUUACACACACGCAGGUCUGGUCCCAUAGUUCAAGCUUCCUUUGUAACUUUGACUUACUGUUAUAAUGGAGUCCUACAAUUUACAACACCGCUGUAACAAAUCCUUUACUUCUUAAAACUCAAACUCUUCUGUUGUGAGUAUUGUCAAAUUCUACUUCCUGCAAUAUUCUUCACCAUUUACAAGUUAAACUAAUGCUUCCAUUUGGAACUUUCUUUAAUAUUUUAUAAUAUAUAAAGGAAAUCAAGUAUAUGUAUAUCACCCUUACAACUGGAUAGACAAAAACUUUCCUUGCUCAGAACCAGCUUAGCACAGAACGUAGAGAUAAUAAUGCAAGUGAUUCUUACUACAGUUAAGAAACUAAGCUAGUGACUUUAGCUUCUCAACUGACAGAUUUAGAGGGUGUUGCUAACAAUACAUGUGCUAACACUGACAGAUCACUUUUUUAAAUAAAGACUGCGAGUUAAACUGUGUAAAGCGUUUUCUUGUUAAAAGUCAAAAAAAAUUCUGGGAUCAGGUUCAAGUUUUAUUCUAAAUAUAUAUAAUUUUUUUAAGUGUAACUAAAAGCUGUAUUUUCCAUUAAUGUGUUUCUGCGUUGAUUAGCUGGCUCCUUUUUAGAAUAUUAACUGUUUUCUGUAUUUGACUUGUUGGAUACAAUAUUUCAAUUAUUUUAAAUGUGAAAUUUCCAAUUGCCAACACUGUAUAAUAAUAAUAAAAAAAUCACACUGUUCAGUAUUUUGAUAUCUUUUUUAAAAAUAAUAAUAAAAUAAAACAACAAACACACAAAACACACACAAAAAACCAAUUCCCCACAGAUUUGGUAGAAAGCUACUGAAGUAGGGAGAAAAAGAAAUAAAAACAGCAGGGAUAAUCUAUGAAAGUCAAUGUUUGAAGGCAAAGACACAUAAACAUGUACACGGUCAAUCCCUCAGAUGAUGUUCCUAUGGCAAAGGAAAGGAAGUUUUGUGUUUAAGUAAUUAUUUCUCUCCAACUUCCUAUGUGCCCUUGAACAAUGUCCCUACAGCUUCAAGGUAUGUUGCUAUUUUAUACAGGUGUUAUAAUGAUUCAUAGUUUUUAAAGAAAAAUAUAAUCUGAUAACAUAACAAUGGCAACCAUAUGAAUACCUAAAAUAUGUAGCUGUAUCCUGUGAAAUUUUUCUUCUGUGUCUAUUUUGUUCAUUUCUAAAAGAUAUUCUACAUAUAUUUUUGUUAUUCAGCAAAGGAAAGGGAACCCAUUAGUUGGAAUUGAAGUGGAAUAUACUGUCUUCUUACUUUCUGCCAAAGAGUAAUUUUAAUGCAAUUACACAGAGCCAAAGAGAACUUUGUUGAUGUUUGAUAGCUACUAAACUUUGACCAAAACAAAUACUUAAAGGAAGUAUACAGUCAACAUUUUGAAAAUAGGUAUUGAAGGAAAUUCUAAAAAUUGAAGAUAAAAAGCAAUAGUAAUCUGAAUUAGUUUUGAUAAGAUCAUUUUUUAAGACACUUGAACUACUGAGAGAGUCAGGUUUGUGGUUUUGUUUCAA